GCUAUUACAUGCCAUAGGUUAGAUUUUUCGCUAUAAACCUGUGAAGAACUUUCUUUUGCUACCUUUCAUGUCAAUCCAAUAUGGCAGGCCUAAAUUUGAUGUUAAAUAAAAUUAGCCAUUUGCAAGAUUCUAUUCAGUUUGAAAAGCUUGUACUAUUCUUUUUUGUUUUAGGAAUGAGCAUAAUAGAAAUUUACGUGGUGUCCUCAAAUGUAGCAAGAUUUGCCAUAUGUGUUUUUCCUACAUUUAGACUGAAGCAUCUGAACCACAUUCUGGCAAAUUUUGAUUAUUAUGGCAGACUUAUGAGCGCAAGAGAAAAUAUUCCUGUCAGAGAUGGUGAAUACUAUGUAGUUAGAGAAUGUGUAAUAGAACACCAGAAAGUGAUAAGCGACUUCUCUCAAUUGAAAUCUAAUACCAAGAUUCUUUUUUUCAUGGAUUUUCUAACAAUGACCAUACAGCUGGCUCCAUACCCUGUUAUUAUUAUGGGUACCAAGAAAAUAGAUCAUAUUUACUUUUUCGCACUGACAUGCUUAAUUUUUGCAUUUUCUGAUCUCUUUAUAAUAUAUUGGUCGGCAAAUUAUAUAGUAGAAGAGAGUGAGGCAGUCCAGUCCUCAGUUUUCUUGAGCAAUUGGCAUGAAGCAGAUAUCAGAACGAAGAAAAUGCUGUUGAUGAUGAUGAUUCGAUCCAACAGGAGACUUGCGCUUAAAGUUGGUCCAUUGUACGAGAUGGAUCUUAACAUAUUCCUUAGGAUUGUGAAAGGGAUGUAUACUAUGAUUACGGUUUUUAGAAAAAGAACACUCAACUUGUGAAACGAUAAUGACGUCAAAUCUUAAAAACAACGAAAACUGAAGCAGAUAUUCUGAUAAUUCGCUACUAUAUUGCAUUCAAAUUAUUAUAAUUAGUUAGUAUUGUUCUUUCAAUAAAGAUAACAGCAUCCAAUUAUGAUGAAUGAUUAAAUGAUCCUGGUAAAAACGUCACCUACCCAGCAGGAAUCCU